AAAAUCGAACAGUACCAGCUCACUCACUCACACCAACGUUUCAAACACAAUUCACAACUUAGAUUUGAACCACACGCGAACCGCUCCCCAUCAUUUCUCCAAACCGUUAGUAGUGUCAAAUAACAACAUUGAUCAAGUAUAAACUGAUUGACUCAACUACUCAAAUUUCGCUGGAUUACUAAUUUUGUUAUCUAUCCUUACCACACGUAUCUAUAUAUAUUUAACUAAGUUACACCACUUCCUCCUCCCCAAAAAUAAUCAACAAAUAAAAUAUACCAGCUAAAAUGCAAACUAUAAAGUGUGUUGUUGUCGGUGAUGGUGCCGUCGGUAAAACCUGUCUUUUAAUUUCAUACACCACUAGUAAAUUUCCUGCUGAUUAUGUCCCUACUGUGUUUGACAACUAUGCCGUCACGGUUAUGAUUGGCGAUGAACCAUUCACGUUGGGGUUGUUUGAUACUGCUGGACAAGAAGAUUACGAUAGAUUGAGACCGUUAUCAUACCCAUCCACUGAUGUUUUCCUUGUUUGUUUCUCGGUGAUUUCUCCUGCUUCAUUUGAAAAUGUCAAGGAAAAAUGGUUCCCUGAAGUACAUCAUCAUUGUCCUGGUGUCCCCUGUUUAAUUGUUGGUACACAAACUGAUUUAAGAAACGAUGAUGUUAUUUUACAAAGAUUGCAUAGACAAAAGUUAUCCCCAAUCACUAUGGAAAUGGGUGAGAAAUUGGCUAAGGAAUUAAGAGCCGUCAAGUAUGUUGAGUGUUCAGCAUUGACUCAAAGAGGUUUGAAGACUGUGUUUGAUGAAGCCAUUGUUGCUGCUUUAGAACCUCCUGUCAUUAAGAAAUCGAAAAAGUGUACUGUGUUGUAAAAGGUUAUGUCCUGGGCUAUUUAUAUUUACUUGAUGAAGAAUAUAGUUUAGUCUAAAUAGAUUGAAUGUUUUUGUAUAUUAAACAGCUACCGUAGGCUACUGCUGCUUCUUUGUUGAGUUUAGACUUUGCUUAGUAGUUUUUAACCAAGAUGCUGUUUUCCUCGGCUAUUUAACGGGCAUUGCCUGAU